AUGACUUCUGCUCUAUGUCAGAGGACACGUGCAGCACGUCGAAGCCUGCACACACAAGUAAGCUCAAGCAGAACACAGGGUAGAGGCAACACAAGCCGUACGACGAGGACACGUCCAGAGACAGCAAACACAAUGCCAGUCGCACAAGCAUCGUCACGCACAUCUACACCACACAACGGGGAUAGAGCCAUGCAGCUGGACGAUGAGUCCCCACCAACAAGGGCUCCGAUGGAUCCAGCGAUGAGUAAGUACCACAUAGUCUUGGAUAAGACUAUCUAUGAUAGUAGUAGACAUACUAGUAGACACGUUGUAUACGCAGACAGCGGAUGA